UAGUCUCCACUGUCCGCUUUGAAACCAACACAGCACAGAGCGAAUUGAGACAGGACAAAGGCAAAGGAAUAAAUAAAACUCAGUACUAGAGAGGAGUCAGCAGCCAGGGAUCACUGCCUCUGCUUUGUCUGCAACAUUUCAAUACAGAUUUAAAGUUGAAAACUUCAAAGGAUUUUUCAGUGGUUUUAUACUUUUUUCAGUCACAGAAGAGAAAGAGAGAGAGAGAGAGAGAGAGAGAGAGAGAGAGAGAUGGAGGGUGGGAAGAGAAUCGAAGCAGGUCCAUCCACAACAGGAGAAGUUGGUGAGAAAGAAGAGAGGCCGAAGAAAAUGGCAGAGAAAGCAAUGGCUGAAGCUGUUAUUGAUUAUGAAGAAGAGGAGGAGGAGGAGGAUAAUGGGGUUCCUGUUCCUGGUUUUGUACCCGGGCCUUUGCUCUCUCUCAAGGAACAGAUUGAAAAAGAUCAGGACGAUGAUAGCUUAAGGAGGUGGAAAGAGAAGCUACUUGGUUGUGUUGAGGGUGACUUAAAUGGCCAAAUGGAACCUGAAGUGAAGUUUCAGUCUAUAGGAAUUAUAUCCAGUGACUUCGGGGAAAUAAAUACUCCUCUACCUGUUGAUGACAAUCGGAGCGGCCAACUCCUUUUUACUCUCAAAGAAGGAUCUCAAUAUCAAUUUAAGCUAACAUUUAAUGUUCUUCACAAUAUAGUUUCUGGUCUAACCUACUCAAAUACUGUGUGGAAAGGGGGACUCCAAGUUGACCAAAGCAAAGGAAUGCUGGGUACUUUUGCUCCUCACCAGGAAUCUUAUGUGCAUACUUUGGAGGAGGAGACUACUCCAUCUGGUCUGCUGGCGAGGGGAAUUUACACAGCACAGCUUAAGUUCGAAGAUGAUGACAGAAGAUGUCAUAUGGAUCUGAAAUAUUCCUUUGAGAUCAAGGCAUAAGUGUAAAGAAUCUGAUACCGCGAUAUCAGGGUUUAUCUCUCUAGUAUUCCUAGGUUGGAAUAAAAACGGUUGAAAAGAAGAAGAAUGAUAAAAAGAGUAGAUGCCUUGCAUAAGAAACUCAUCACUUUGUCAUGAAAGGAUGUUACGGGACCCAGUUAUUAUUGAUGGUCACAAGACGAUGGAUUGGAAAGGAACACAUUGAAGCGAGCUCUUAACAUUUCAAUCAAACUUGUUAAUUAGAAAGUCUUGAAUAUCAAUGUGUUUUAAUUAAUUUGCUUCAUUUCUUACUCAUGAACUUACUUGUUAAUUAGAAAGUCUUGAAUAUCAAUGUGUUUAUAAUUAAUUUGCUUCAUUUCUUACUCA